AUGGACGGCCUGAGUACUGCUGCCAGCGUUAUCGCUGUGGUGCAACUGGCGCAGGCUGUUGGUGGGGCUUUAAAGGAAUACUACGAAGGAGUCAAAAGUGCUCGCGACGAUAUACAACGGCUUUAUCAUUCGAUCAAGAAUCUCGAAAGCGUACUAAAGUCUAUUAACGAUCUGCCACAUACUCUUUCGAUCAAUAUCCAAACUCUCUUGGAAAACAAAACGGGAACUUUGUCGCCUUGUAAGGCUGAGUUUGAUGGCAUCAAGAAGGAACUCGAUACCUUUUCGAAACAGCAAAACCAUAUCGGAAAGCUGAAGUCUUUGAUAUGGCCGUUCAAGAAGAAAGAUGUGGAUAAGCAUGUGGAUUCUAUCAAUAAGCAUAAACAUGAUUUAAUGUUAGCAUUUGGAGUUGAGAAUUUGCACAUAUCCAUGCACCACCAUAACAUCUUGGAGGAUAUUCAAAGUGAAAUAAGAGCGGCUCAGAGAGACAAAGAGCGAAGCCAGAUAAUUGAAUGGCUUGCAAAGUCGCUUCCUGAUCCAUCUACAGAACAUAACAUCGCCCGAGAAAAGUUCCAAAAGGGUACGGGAUCUUGGCUAAUAGACGGAAAUCAUCUCAACACCUGGUCGAAAACCAAUAAUUCGUUCUUGUGGCUCAAUGGAGGCGCGGGGGCGGGAAAAUCGAUUCUAUGUUCUACUGUGAUUGAACAUAUUCAACAACUCUGCAAACAAGAGAUAAAUGUUAUUGUCACAUACUGGUAUAUCAAAUUUGACAACUUGAAUACACAGAGCGUUUCCAAUAUAAUUCGUUCUUGGAUUAGAGACAUUUGUAGUAACCGUCGGGAUACGCCGCAGACUUUGAAAGAUGCGUAUGCCCAUUGCAAUCAUGGCCAGCAGCAACCGACCAUCAAACAAAUGAUGGAAAUCCUCAAGUCUGUUGUGACCGGCCUUCAAGAUAUUUAUUUGGUUGUGGAUGCUCUGGAUGAGUACCCCAAGACAGAACGGGAUUCAUUACUGGAGACUCUCAAGGACAUUCAUCAAUGGAAAAUCGAUUCUAUACACAUUUUUGUCACAAGUAGAGCAGAGGAUGAUAUCCGUUUUCAUCUAGAUGAAAUGAGGGAGCAAGAUGUUUCGGACAGGUGCCAAAGCAUCAGAGUUCAAGAUCCAAACAUUACCGAAGACAUCAAGAAGUUCCUCAAUAGCAACAUCAGUAGCUUCCGACAAACAAUGUGGAAUUCUGACUUGAAGGAAGAAGUUGUGGAAUCCAUUGCGCGACAAGCUGAUGGUAUGUUCAGAUUAGCAGCACUUCAAUUGGAUUCAUUGAAACGGCACAGGAAUAUGUCAGCAGUGAGAAAGGGAUUGAACCAACUCCCGAGCUCCCUCGAUAUAUUUUACGAAAGAGCACUGAGAGAAAUACCCGAGGAGGAUCAGGACUACGUCAAAGUUGCCUUGCAAUGGAUUGCUUACUCCCCGCGUUGUUUAACGGUGUCGGAGCUCUCAGAAGCAGUGGUAGUCCAGAUUGAGUCUCCUCCUUAUCUGAGAGAAGACGAUGGAUUGAGCUGCGAGGGUGACAAUUUCACUCUUCUUGAUAUCAUUCCAUCAAUAUUUGUUACAACUUACAGUGAAAAUGGAAGAUUCGUUCCUGCAAUGUUGAAUGGAAAGUUGCAAAUUCAAUUUGCCCACUAUUCUGUCCAGGAAUUCUUACAAUCAAGUCGCACGUCCAAUGGACCCAUUAAUAAAUACCACCUACAAGAAUCAUAUGGUUUUGAAUCAAUUACAGCACGUUGUAUAGCAUACUUACUUCAUGUUGGCUCGUUCUUGAAAUUUCCAUAUUCCGAAAUAUUCGAUAAUCAUGAUAGAUUUCCCUUAAUCUAUCACGCAACGUUCUGCUGGACCUAUUAUAUGCAACUCCUUGAAAUCCGGGGAAAUGAGCCAUAUAAUGUCGGGGGACGUUUACACGAGUUGGUAUCAUUGUUGAUAAAGAAAGACUAUUCCUCGUCAAACAAUCAGAAUGCAUGGGAGUUAUCACAAACCAUCUACGAAGGGGUUGGAUUACAAUAUCCAUGCUCCGCAUACGAUUUAGCACUCACAGGAGAUUUUCCCGAAAUCGAACUAGAUUCUAGCACCCCUGUACCAUGUCUUUUAUCUUGGGCUUGUCAUCAUGGCUUAAUUAGUUUAGUCCAGAUCAUAUUAAGCAAUGCUCCAUGCAAGGGUAGAGAACCUAACGAAUCAAGAGUAUCCGCUUUAGGAACCCCAUUACAUGCUGCGGCCAUAGGAUCUCAUUUCGCGGAGAGAAUCGUUACACUUCUGCUUGCAGCAGGUGCGAAUCCAAACGCUUGCGGCGGACUGUGGGGCUAUCCACUGAUUGCGGCUGCGGCUGGAAAUCGAUUCAAAAUCUGCAAGUUGUUGUGUGAGGCUGGAGCAAGACUUGAUUCUAGGCAGGGCAGCUUUAAUCGCACUCCAUUGCACGUUGCCUGCAAAGAUGGAUAUGUUGAAUUAUGUGAAUAUCUUCUGGAAAAUAGUGCCAAUGAUAAAUAUCUCUUGGAAAGUCGUGCCUGGACUGGUGCCCCUUAUUUUAAUCUUAAAGACGGAACUCCGUUGUUGACGGCGACAGCCCAUAGGCAUUUGGAAGUGGUAAAGAUAUUAUUUUCGUAUGGCGCAGACAUCGAGGCAGAAUGUGACGGAUACACGCCAUUGCAGAUUGCAGCAGGAUUGAAUGAUGUGCAAAUGUGUAAACUGCUCCUAGAUUGUGGUUCCAACGUAAAUAAAAAAACUAUUCGUUUGCCACAUGGCUGGUGUCCCGAUUGGAACCUGACUUGGAAUCCAUUGCAUCAGGCUUUCGCAUUCGGGCCCAAUUAUGGUCGCAAUAGUAUUGACUUACUUACAACCAUUGAGAUUUUAUUGAAAGCCGGUGCUGAUAUCCAUGCUAAAGGCGGACCUAUGUGGGAAAAUGGCCCUAUGGUCGCCCCAACUGUUUCCUGUUUGCUUUUUUCCAAUGUUCGAUCAGGCAAGGCAGGACUCGGGGUUGGAUAUGCAUGGAAAAAAGCUUUGGAUACGCUGUUAGAUGCAGGCGCGGGAAAUGGUCAAGAGGGCGCUGAACUGCUCCUGGUACUAAAAGAAAGACGGGCCAUGCUCGUUGAGCGGCGAAGAGAGCUGAUCGGCCUCCGAGACAUGGAAAACGAUCAACGAGAAUUGCUCGACCGCCAAUUGGAAAUGAGCUAG